UCCAAAUUAAUAAAAGUGGGGGACGAGAGAGAGAGAGAGAGAGAGAGGAGAUACAACAACAAGAAGCCGAGCUUGUAUCUUUGCUUGCUCUCCAAUUCAAAAAUGAGUGAAUUCUUGAAGAGAUUUUAGUUGAUAUCUCCUCGUAUCUUGCUUUGGAUUUUGGUGGGGUUUAUGUAUUUUCUUCAUCUGAAGAGAUUCCAUUAUAUAUAAAGAAAACCAAAAACCCAACAAAAAUUAAACCAUCACCCACCAACCCAAACCUUCAUCUUUUCUUCAUCUCCCAUCUUCAGAAGAAAGAGAUCUUAUCGAAUUCAAGCUCAAUGGCCAUUGCUACAGAGACCCAAUUUCAUGUUUUAGCUGUCGACGACAGCAUCAUUGAUAGAAAGCUCAUUGAGAGGCUUCUCAAGACCUCAUCUUAUCAAGUUACUACUGUGGAUUCUGGAAGCAAAGCUCUGGAAUUUCUUGGGUUGCAGCAAGAUGAGCAAGUAGAUUCAUCAUCUUCUGAUUCUUCUUCUACUACUCCUGAACAAAAUGAAAUUGAGGUGAAUUUGGUGAUUACAGACUAUUGUAUGCCUGGAAUGACGGGCUAUGAUCUGCUAAAGAAAAUUAAGGAAUCACAAUCUCUCAAGGAUAUCCCAGUUGUGAUCAUGUCAUCUGAGAAUGUGCCUUCAAGGAUCAACAGAUGCUUGGAAGAAGGAGCGGAGGAGUUCUUACUAAAACCGGUGAAGUUAUCGGACAUGAACAGGCUCAGACCUCACAUGCUAAAAGGGAGGGGUAGAGACCAAAAACAGCAACAAGAAGAAAACCAAGAGCAAAAUCAGUCUCCAUCCAGUGGCAACAAGAGGAAAGCAGCGGAUGAGGGCCCUUCACCUGAGAGGACAAGGGCUAGAUACUCAAGUAACAGUAGCUUAACAGUGUUGUGAUAUGAAUUUAAUUGUUUUUUUUUUCCAUUUUUAAUUUCUAUCCUAAAUGGGUCACCCACGCCCAUGAUCUUUUACCACCUAGUUUUUUUUUUUCAAUUUCUUUUAUUGUUUUAGCUUUUUUCCCCAUUAGAAGUCAAUAUACGCACACCUCUUUGCUCUUUUGUUAAUUUCUGCUGUGGUUAGAAAUGUAAAUAAUAGUUUCUUCUGAUAAUUUGUUGCUGAAGAUAACAGUUUUUGAGGAGUAA